UCGCCGGAAAAAACGAGAUCUUUACAGGCUAAUUUAGAAAGGGUCAUGGAGAUGGAGGACAGGGAGAGCACGGAUUCGGGUUCGCUUAGCGGCAAUCCGGAAUCCGAGUCGCCGCCGUUGAGCGGCGUCGGGGACUACGCCGACCACGGCGCCGUUGCUUCCGGCGGCGGAGGCGGCUCUGUUCAUGGACUGAUAAACGUGAACAUAAGCGUGGAGCACGCAGCCGCGGCGGCCGCUACGGCUGCAGGCCCUCCGGCGGCGGAGGCUGGUGGUGGGGUUUUCGGCGUCAGCGGAGGGGGCUUAGUGAGUAGUGGCUCCGGCGGCGGCGGCGGCGGCGGCGGCAGCGAUUUGUCGUCGGGGAAGAAGAAGAGGGGGAGGCCAAGAAAGUACGACGCGGAGGGGAACUUGAACCCGGCGUACAUAAAGUCGUCUCCUUUGGCGGCGCCGCCACAGACUGGGUUCACCCUGUCAACGCCGCCGUCGUACGAGAACUCCGGCGGCCCAAAAAGGGGACGCGGCAAGCAUCAUUCUGGGCCGACAAGCUGGCCGGCUAAUGCUAUGGCUUCUUUGGGUGAAGUGCUUGCAAACACAGCAGGAGGGGAUUUCACACCCCAUGUAGUAAUUGUACAUGCUGGAGAGGAUGUUGCUAGGAAGAUACUCACAUUUGCACAGAAGGAUCAUAGAGGAAUUUGUGUUCUAUCUGCUAAUGGAUCUGUCUCGAACGUUACUCUUCGUCAACCUGGCUCGUCCGGAGGUUUAUUGACUUACGAGGCAUGA